AUGGCCCCCGGUCCAGCCCACCACGCCUCGUCCGAAGAGCAGACAGACUCGGUCAACAACCAGACGCACACUCCCUCCCAACCACAGCCCAACAUGUCCGACUCGAUCCAAGAAGCCUCUCCGAGCGACGACAAGGCUUCACCAGCUUCUGCCUCAUCCAACAAGGACCAAAAUGGCUCAGCGACCAAGCGAGCAAGUACAAAAGAUCCCUCGAGACCGAAGAGGAAGAAGGCACGGAGAGCAUGCUACGCCUGCCAAAGGGCUCAUCUGACAUGUGGUGACGAACGACCAUGUCUCCGCUGCAUCAAGCGUGGCCUGCAAGACCACUGCCAUGAUGGAGUACGAAAGAAGGCCAAAUAUCUUCACGAUGCUCCCAACGAAGCUCUGAUACCACACUCCUACAACCAGAACCAGAGCCAGUCUACUCCCGCUACCGAGUCUACACCUGUAGCUCAAUCUUCGUCGUACUAUCAAACCCCAGUUGGUGCUCAAGCAUUUGCAAACUUUGGUCACACUCCCUCCGUGGCUCCUAUCAACUCUCCCUCAGCUACCGAAUCACCCAUGGUUCAUCCUAAUCCUUAUGUCCCUCAGCAGAACAUGGUCACACAGCCAUUUCCUUCGGCUGCUUCUCAACAAAUGCCACCUCCUCAGGACCCUAUCUCAUCUAUCUCACACACUUCUGGAGACGCGAAGCCUGGCCAAUCUUUCAACGCCCCGUUCUUUGACCCUGCCGACCCUUCACUCUUCAAUUUUGACAUCUCAAGUCUAAAUUUUGGAAAUCAUUAUGGUGCUUUAGAAUUUGGCAUGCUUGGGCACAUGUCCUCUGGUGCCGUCGAAACUCCUGAUACUGAGAACGGCAGCAUGAUGACCUCGAUGCCUUACGAUCCAACCAACUCGAACUACUCAGCUACCUUCCCCUACGGUAAUACCGGUUAUACCGACUGGCAACGCAACAACGAUGGUGCCAGACAAAACAGCUCUGGCCAGGUCUUUUCUAUAACUGGAGACAACAGUAUUGAUGGAUCACUGAACUUCCACAACGCUUUUGCCAUCGGCGAGAAUGGUUCCAUGUCAGGAGCCAGUCCCAGCGCUGCCAAUAUGAUGGACUUCAACACAGGAUACAGUACGAGUCCUGCAGCUCCAGCGCAACACUUGUUACGCAACUCGAGUCAAGAUUUCAGCCGCCAUCAACCACGACCGCAAAUCAGAAACAGCUUCUCAGCAAGUGACAUACAUCAUACACGGCCAAAUCAACAGAGAAAACGACGAGACCCCUCUGACAUAUACACAUCAGUCACUGCGCCGUAUCCAUACACUACAGGCUUCCAUUCCUUCACUGCAUGUCUACAAAGACUUUACUCGCCACAAAAGACUGCCCGAAUCGCUAGAGCGUUGGCGGCUAUCCGACCAUCAUUCAUCUCUUGUACAAAACAGUUGAAUCGCGACGAUUUGAUAUUCAUGGAAAAGUGUUUCCAGAGAACGCUAUUCGAGUACGAUGACUUUUUGACGGCUUAUGGAACUCCUACACUGAUCCUACGUCGUACUGGCGAAGUCGCUGCUGUUAGUAAGGAGUUCUCGUUGCUGACAGGGUGGUCAAGAGAUGUCUUGCUUGGCAAGGAAUCAAACUUGAACAUCAACAUCGGCAACGCAUCGGGGCGUCAGACUGGUACUAGCACUAGAGGCACUGUCACACCUCUUGCACAGAAUGAUGCGGACACGGCUGGUCGACUACAGCCCGUACUUCUCCCAGAGCUCAUGGAAGACGACAAUGUCAUCGACUUCUACGAAGACUUUGCAAAGCUUGCUUUCGGAGACUCACGUGGUGUCAUGAUGAAGCCCUGCAAGCUUUUGAAGUACAAGACCAAGGACGAUCCUGGAUGGAGUGCAGAUCUACUGAGCGAGCGAGAAAACAGACAUCGCAAUGGCAAACCGGUGGGUCCACUCAUCAGCGGCGAGUCGGGCAUGAACUCGCUCGGUGAUCGGGACGGCAAGGUGUCCUGCAUGUUCUGUUGGGUGGUCAAGCGAGACGUCUUUGACAUUCCCAUGAUGAUUGUUAUGAAU